AUGUUCUGUCGAUCCGUAACUAAUAUUCCCUUUCAUAGAAGCUUUCAUGCUUCUGUCACGAAAUUUGCAGCAGAUACUGCUACCGCCACAAAGUUGACAAAAGAUCAACUGAAGAGGCGAGAAUUGCGCAAAGCGAUAAGAAGAGUUAAACUUGCGAAAACUCCUGCUACUCAACAUCCGCUAUAUAUGCCAAUAUCACAGGCAUUGAGAUUUUUGCGUGCCGCAGAAGUUGGUUACCCUUUAAGGCAGCAAACCAUAACUUUGACGACUAUUGUAGUAGGUGACCGCGGUUCCGCAUUACUAUCAGGCAAAGUAAAUUUUCCACAUUCUAUAAAAGAGACCAGUUUAGCAGUUUUCACAACAGAUGAAGCACAAGCUAAGAUUGCUCGUGAGCAAUUUAAUUGUGAAGUCGUAGGUGGAGUUGAAUUAAUUGAGGACAUUAAAAAUGGUGUCAGACCUAUAAACUUUGAUGCGGCGUUUGCUACGCCAGAUAUCCUUCAACAACUUUCAUCUAAACUAGGUCGGACAUUGGGACCUCGUGGUUUACUUCCAUCUGCCAAAAAGGGUACUGUUGCCACCGAUCUUACCGAAUUAUUAACUCAGAAUAAGAACAUGGUGCCAUUUAGGCAACGUGGUAACUGUAUCAGUUUGGCAAUUGGUAAUGCCAGCUUUUCGGACAAAGAAAUCUUGGAAAACAUCCUCAGUGUUCAACAGGCUUUCAAGAAAGCAGUGUCUACUCAAGCAACAAGGAAGUCAAGUAUACUGGGCAAAACCACAAUAACCACUGUACACGGGCCAGGAUGCGUGAUCGACUUUAAGUAA